AUGCUUGAAAGACAUUCAAAUCCACCAGUUGGCCUGGAACGUGUUCAUCGAUAUUUUUGUUAUGUUUGUGGUACUCUAUUACCGCAUAAACUAGAAGCGAAUGAUUCUUUAAUUUGUCGAAAAUGUAAAACAUCGACAUUUAUGCGUUGGUUUAACAAUAUAGAGGCAAGUUUUAAUACAGAGAGUAAAUCAAAAAAUAACACAGUUAACGGGAUCGAUGUCCGUAAUGAUGGCGAUGCCGAGGAAUCAACGUGUUUAUUUUUUCCAUCAAUGAUAAAAGGGGCUAAAAAAAUUCUCAAAUCUGAAAUUGCCUUAAAACAAGCUUUAGAAGCACAACAAUUUGAAAAUGACACACCUCAGGCGGCGACAACCACAUUUGAUGGGCCAAGUAUACGUAAAGAAUGCGCUUAUUGUGGUAAUGACAGGAUGACUUAUGUAACAUUACAAACUCGUUCAGCAGAUGAAGGACAAACGGUUAUUUAUACUUGUACACAAUGUGCUAAAAAAGAGAUUGAAAAUACAUGA